CGUGUCAUUUAGUUCAAGAGGAAAAGCGGGAAGGACAAGGCUUGUACUUUUUGGCUGAUAACGCAAAGCAAACACAAAAAAAAACUACCAAAUUUUAUUUUAAUUGUCAUUGGGAAACAUAUGGAAGGAAGUCACAAAAAUUAUAUGUGUAAAGACCAUGAAGAAUCAACCGUAUUUAACUCCUGCUGAAAUUGAGUUUUUGGCUGAACAAGAAUGUGUCACAAUAGUACCAAAUUUUAAGGAAAAAAAAUUGUUCUUUUUGACGGGAGACUUUGGUCCAUUUAGCCCAGGCUUGCCAGUUGAUGUACCUGUAUGGUUGGCUGUGAAUUUGAAGCAAAGAAGGAAGUGCAAAAUUCAUCCGCCAAGUUGGCUGGAUGUGGAUGCUUUGCAAGAAACUAAAGAAUCGGAGAACAAUUCUGACAUUUUCACCAAACCUCCAUCAAUGCAUUAUAUGGAAAUUGCGUCUAUGCUAAUUCGAUGGUAUGCGUUGACAUGGUUUUCUGGAUUUUUUGCUCCAGAAGAUAUUCCAAAAGCAGAUGAAGUCAGGACACUGAUCAAAGAUAUCUGGGAUGUCAGAAUGGCAAAACUGCGACGGGAUGUUGAUCAAAUGGUGAUCAGACAGGAACCUCAUGCUGAAAUCGACAAUUUAACAGUGAUGGAAAUGAACCAAGUGAGAACUUUAUUGCUACCCGCAUUGAAUCAGAUGCAUAAUAUGAGGUGCUACGUCACGCAGUUACCAGCACCUUCAAACACGUAACUAGCAUUGUUGGAAGUUGAAACCAUAUCUAGCGAAUUUUUCACUUCGCGGUGUUAAUUUUACGGUGUGGAUAUUGUGUGGUUCCGACGUUGUCGUUGUAAGUGACAGAAACUUGUAGUAGUGAUGGUAUGGGUCAUUUUAUACCAUAUGGACAAUAUAUUUAAGGAGAACAUAAAAACUGGUAAAAACUGCCCGAUAACCUUUUUUUUAUACCUUAAUACAGGAAUGAAUUUUUGCGAAUUUCGCGACUGUUUUGUAAUGCGCGAAAAUUGUUUCCGCAAAAAUUAUUUAAAAAUUCACGAAAAUUAAUUCUCGCUCUACCAACUGCGCUAUCGAUCUUCAUUUAUCGAUCUUCAUAUUUUAAAUUUCACAUAUUGACUUUUGACUGAAAAUUUGUAAAAGAAUUAUGAUUUAAAUUGUAGUAAAUGACAUACAUUGAAAGGAAAUGAUAGUUCUUCA